UGAACCUGCGUCGGCAUCGAGGAGCGCCUCCAAGUCGCUAACUUUUACACUUUUGGUUUAGCCUUGAAAAAGGUGAUUAAUGACCUGUCAAUGAGCCCCCACCGUCGGAUAAAUUAUUCUAAAUCUUUCGCUUGACACUGUCUUCGCCGAGUUUGAGUCGUUUCCAGGUGAGCCAUGAGCGCGGUUCGUCUAGGAGGAUUACCGGAGUGACGGGAGGCGACAUGCCCCGCUGGGACGUGCCUGUGACCGGGGAGGCUUAUGGAAUAUAGCCCGCCGCGUCCCAGCCCGUGUUGCCGUUUCCCGGGCGCCGUCAAGAAGAAGGCGCUCCUUCUCAGCAUCAUGCUCUUCAUCUGGAUGUUCGUGCUCUACUCCUGCGUGGGUCCUUGCUCCACGGGAGUGCUGCUCGACUCGCCCCGGGACCGAGACCGGGACGGGGCCGAGCGCGCCGACCUGCUCUCCCGGCUUCGGUGGGAGGACGUGGACUACUACGAGGAGCCGGCGGCCGCCCGCGGCGCCGCGUCCCGGGACUUGCUCCUCAGCGACGCCCCGGAGCCCAGCGCCAUGUCGAGCUUCUCCAACGGCGCCGGGAGCAAGAAGCUGCCGCAGGCAAUCAUCAUCGGGGUGAAGAAGGGAGGCACUCGGGCACUGCUCGAGUUCCUGCGGGUGCACCCGGACAUCAGGGCCGUGGGGGCCGAGCCGCACUUCUUCGACCGCAACUACGACAACGGCCUGGAGUGGUACAGGGAUCUGAUGCCCAAGACCCUGGAGGGCCAGAUCACCAUGGAGAAGACCCCCAGCUACUUUGUGACCAAAGAGGCACCCGCCCGGAUCUCGGCCAUGUCGCGAGGCACAAAACUGAUUGUGGUUGUGCGAGACCCGGUCACCCGGGCCAUCUCGGACUACACGCAGACGCUGUCCAAGAAGCCGGACAUUCCGUCCUUCGAGAGCCUCACCUUCAAGAACAGGACUACGGGCCUCAUCGACACGUCGUGGAGCGCCAUCCAGAUCGGCAUCUACGCCAAGCACCUGGACAACUGGUUGCAGUACUUCCCCAUGGAGCAGAUCCUGUUUGUGAGCGGCGAGCGGCUCAUCAGCGACCCGGCCGGCGAGCUGGGCCGCGUGCAGGACUUCCUGGGCCUCAAGCGCAUCAUUACCGACAAACACUUCUACUUCAACCAGACCAAGGGCUUCCCGUGCCUCAAGAAGGCCGAGGGGAGCAGCAAGCCCCAUUGCCUGGGCAAAACCAAAGGGCGCACCCAUCCCGACAUCCGCCCCGAGGUGGUGCGCCGCCUCCGAGACUUCUACCGGCCCUUCAACAUGAAGUUCUACCAGAUGACAGCGCACAACUUUGGCUGGGAUUGAUGGGAGGGAAAGACUUCUUUAUCUGUAUUUUUUAUGAUUAUUAUUACUAUUAUUAUUAUUGUCAGAUCCCUGUAAUUGAAUGGUAAAUGUGGAGAUAUUGCUAUAUAUAUAUAUAUAUAUAUAUAUAUAUAUAUAUAUAUGUAUAUAUAUAUAUAUGUGUGUGUGUGUGUGUGUGAGUGUUUGUGUGUGUAAAAUGUACAGAAAUCUAUUUUAUAAUAAUUUAUUUUUAUUUCCAAGCAAUUAAUUCACUAAGCUGCCUAACCCUAUUUUCCUAACAUCAGGCUCACGUGGUUUUCUUUGUUUUGUUUGUUUUUAAUGAACAUUCCUCGUGUCCGUUUGGCAAGCGUUUCCGGCCUGCGUUGUCCUGCGGUCCAGUUAAGAAAACCGUAAUCAUUGAUGAAUUGAAAGCAGAGCUCAGAGUAAAAAGCGCCAGAUUACGGGUACAAAGAGCCCACGGAGGUUUCCUUACCAUCGUUAUAAUCGCUACUACCACUAAAAUCUGUUCCAGUGUUAGUGUUGGUAGUGUCGCUACUAGCGCUGUUAUCACCAAUCACACUAGUUUUGCUGCUCUCGCUACUAACACUACUGCUGUCAUUACAAUUGCUAGUAGUGCAACUAACGAUAGCGCCGCUAGAAACACUACUAAUGAUAUUACAGCUACUAGUAAGUGUAGUUUCUCUACUAUUGCUAGUAUCUCUAGUAUCACGCUAUUACUGCUGCCAUCGUUACAAUCGUUAGUAUCACUACUAGUGAUACUAUGACUAGUAAUGCUACUAACAAUAGUAUCACUACUAUUGUUCCGAUCGAUACUUUUCUGACUUUUGUUAGGACUGCCAAUUGCAACAGCUAUUGCUACUGUUGCUAGUAUUGCUACUGUCACUACAAUUGCUAUAUUGCUGCUACCGGAUUCUGACUCAAGGUAUUGCUAGUAGUGCUAGUAUUGGCACUGUCACUACUAUCGUUAGUAUUGCUACUAUAGGCAUCAUCAGCACUAGCAUGGGUAUCACUACUAUCAUUACAAUCAGGAGCAUCGCUACUAUAGUUACUAUCAUUAGUAUUGCCACUAUAGGUAGUAUCACUAUUAGCACUGGUGUUACUAAUAUUGCUAGUAAUGCUACUAACGCUAGUAUUGCUAGUACCACUUCUAGAGUUGUCAUCGCUAGUAACUACUCACAAUAGUAUCGCUAGUAACGCUGCUACCGUUCCGAUUGCGACUAUCACAUUUAUUCCUGAAAGUUAGCUAGCAGCUAACGCUACCUUCCCAAAAGUCAACACGUGGACUGACUGGACUAAUUAAUCCUCAAUGUGCGCUUAAAGAACACAUCCAACAUUUGUAUUUGUAGGACUUUUCUUCCCCUUGACGCUGCUUACACAAACAAACGAGCCGUCUCUCAAAUGUUUUUGACGUUAUGCUAAUGGACGUCGCUAUUAACGGACAAAUUGAUUUCCAUCUGCCCUUUUUUUUUUUAACGCUGAAAAUGUUAAUUCAUGUUCAUCCAUUCUUGUAUGGAGCAUCGGGAGGCUAAACUAGGCUAGCGUCCAACCAACAUGUUUUAUGCCUUGUUAACAAACCCCUCACGCGUCAAAUGAGCUCUACUUUCUGGCAAAAACAUUUUUAACGUAUCCCACCGCCAUAUCUUUUCGCUUUUUUUGUUUGUUUGUUUUCUACUUGAAUCAUUGAUAUGCAAGAAGGGUGAUAACUGUGCGGUUGUCGUUGCGCUUUUUGUUAGAUCGUACAUUAGCAGACGUCACGUAAUAAUACGUGAGGCCUGAAUGUAGCAAAACAAUGCUUUGUUGUUGUGCCUCUUAAAAUUAUACAAUUCCUCACCUUCGACUGCUUGUUGUCUUGGUUUAGUUGCUAUUUUUUCUCGAUUCCAAUUUGUGGGUUCACAUUUUGUUUCCUUGGUGCAAUGUUUGAAGAAGCAUUUACGGUUCUGACAUUCUGCGUAGAAAGACUUUCAGGUUUUUUAAUGGGGAGGGUUCAACCGGGACCGCCGCAAUUAUGCGAAACAUGAGAUUAAAAAAUUACCCUGCGCUCGCGGUUGCAUUGUUUUUAUACGGUUGAGUUUUAUUCAACCUGACUUUGUUUCUUUGUUUUACCCACAACAACACGUGUGAUGCGGAGAUUCUAAAGACUUAUUUUUUUUGGUGCUUGAAUUUUACACACCAUGCAAAAUGCAGCAGCCAUUUCUAGACAAUUAAAUACUAAACAUUCAUAAUAUUUCUUUGUAUGAAGAAAUAAAUAAGUAUAUA